UGGUGAAAAAGUGGAAUGGGGUGUCCCUGGUGCACCCGGUGCACCCAGGGCUCCGUCUGGCAUUUCUAAUAUAAAUGCGUGUGCACUGUCAGUUAUUUUUUCGUAUUAUGGUUUACAGUUACCAUUAAAGUGUGAGAACUGUGAGACAGUGUACAUUGUGACGGCAUUAAAGGAUAUAAAAUUAAUCCGCGAUCGACAAGCUUGCAGUUUAAUUUGCGUUUGAUUAUAUAUUUUCACUUUGUAAUUACGUGUUAAGCUGCUCCGUUGAAGAACAGCUUCGAGAAUUCCUUAAAAAUGGAUAAUAACCCAUUGCCGCAUAUUAUAGAAUGUGCGGAUUGCGAGGGUUCGGUGAAACCAAAAGAAAGGUUAGUCAGUCUUCUUGAUCAAAUAGAAGUGCAUGUAGAACAACUGAGGAAGGAUGCCUGGAGACUCGAAGAAGAGAGAGAUACUCUGUUGACCACCUUAGAUACCCUUAGGAACAACGAAAUGCUGGGCAAAUUAGAAGAAACUGACAGAGAUGAUGUGUUGAGGUAUGCUGAGAGAUUGUCUAUGCGAUGUCUAACGGUUGAUAUUUUGGUCAAAAUUCAACGCGACCAGAUUCAACAAGAAGCAUUACAUCAGGUAAAUGGUUUAAUCGACAGUUUAAUUGUUGGCCUUCGCGAUGAUCCAACUACAACUCGACUGCGAUGCGCAUCUUUCAUGAAUGCUUGUUCUUCGCACGGUUAUGGACAUUCCGAUAAAAACUUUGAAAGUGCGAUUCUUGGUUGUACUUUGGAUGACCAGAAGCGGGUGAAGAAGAGAUUACAGGGAUUAUUGGAUUAUAUUGACAAGAUGCAUACAAUUCAACUACUAUGAAAAUAUAUUUGGAACAACCUAUUUUCAAAGGAAGCAACUAAAUUAUUCAUUAAACUAGCAGUUAAUCUAUCUUAGUUGUUCUGAAGGAGAUUUGAGGAAAAUAAAGUUAAUUAAAGCAGGGUGCUUGAUGAUGAUUCAAUGGUGAUGUUUUAUGGUAUAUGUAGAGAAAGCAUUACUCAUGUUACAUAAGUGUGUUAUCUUUUAUGCAUAGAUCAUGAGUUUUGAGUAGAAGUCGUAGACGUUGUAUGUCUUGCAAUUGUGGAAAUAAGCUAUGCAUUUAUAUUAUAUUUGUGCAACAGAUGCAUUCUAAUGAAACUUAUAUUUUUGUUCUUUUCAAUUUUGAAAAUACAACUUUAUACUGUGUUAAAAAUAAUACUUUUUAGAACUGACGUUUGAAGUAAAACAAGGGUAUAUACAAUACAUUUUCAUGUAAAAGUAUAUUUCCAUUUUCUGUUCUUUGUAACCGGGGAAAACAAUAGUACAUAGAGUAAUUAGAAUAGUGUUAAAUUUUAUCUUUAUGCGUAUCAUACGUAUGUGACUGCUGGUUAGUCUAGUAUGCAUACAAUGUAAUAAUCUGUCAUCAUUUUGUCGACUUGAAACUAAUAAUGCUUUCCAUAAUUAAAAAGAUUAUUAAAAAUGUUUAAAGAAAUUAAAUACAGAUUGUAAUUAUGCUACGAAUGUGGGCUUUGGACUAUUCCGUAUUCUAAUAAAUUAUGUAAUACAUUUACUUCUUGUAGUACUGUAGAUAGAAUUGUCAUGUUCAGUGCAGAUUGAGCAGUUUACUGCGUAUUAUACUUGGUACAACAUGGAUAAAGAUUAUAUGUACAGUCUGACGUAAUUUUAAAGAAUUGUUUAGUAUGCUUAACCCUUUAACGCUCAAACCCGAGUCCGACUCUGACAUAGCUGACCGUCCAAAAUGUGCAUGCCCGAGUUAGACUUGAGCAGCGAUAUAUGUAUAUGCAUUUCUGUUCCGUUUCAUCUGGCCAUUAAUAUAAGUAAUGUGCACGCAAUCGGAAAAUAAUAGAACUGUGCUCCCUAAUUUCUUUAUUCUUCUUUCUCUUUCUCUCUUUUUCUCUUGGCUUUCAUUCUCACUGUAUAUAUUGAUGAGUUUAAAGUCUUUAAACGUUAGUAUUUUUCGGCAAUCAGGUCAAUCUUGGUUCAAAGUAAAACCAUAAAGAUUAGUCGAAAGACCUAUUGCUGAUUAUAUUUCAGCUAGCAAAAAAAAAGAAGCCCCGACUCGAAUUUGUGUCGACAAAAUUAGUGAUAUAGGAAAAUGCAUAUGGAAAGACAAAAUUUCAUUGCGAAAACUGUAAAUUAAAUGAAAUAUAAGUUUAUGCUAAUAAAGAAAUCUAUUUUUUGCAUUUACAAAAAUAAUUAUUUUUUUUUUCACACUGCUCCAAUUUGCACUUUACUAUGUUUAAAAAUGCGAGUUUAAAAGUUUAUCAGAUGAGAUACAACGUUAGAAUUAGCAGAGAAUGUAUGUAAUUUGUAUGUAAUUUUGGACAAGUUAAAUCGAAAGAAACGCAAGCAUUAAGGGGUUCAGCAGCUAUUUAUUUUUUUUAUUUUAUAUUUUGUACUCGAUCAUUUUAUUGAUAAAAAACAUUGUUUCCGGUACAAUAUCGUAUUGUCAAACUAUUUCAGUUAUAUUAUUGUAUAUAUUUUUUUAUUAAUAUAAUUGCAGUAUAUUUUAUGCCUGAUA